AUGAUUCUAUUCAGCGUUGCCAAAUCCAGAUCAUUGCUCGAUGUGCAAAUUCCUCCAUGGCGAAGGCUCUUCUCGCAAAGUGUGCCUCGAAACUCGUCAGACCCAUUGCGCAUUCUUUUCUGCGGAUCCGACGAGUUCAGCUGCGCAUCUCUGAAAGCUCUUCAUGAAGAGCAUCGCCACAAUAAGAAGCUUGUAGAGUCGUUGGAUGUUAUGGUUUUGCCGCCAAGACGCAUGGGAAGAGGUUUCAAAACACUGAGAGAAGGUACAAAAUUUGAGAUUGAAUAUUCACCAGCGCAAAACCUUCACAGGAUGGGAUCAGUGUCCUUCGGACUAUUCGUCCCGCCCAGAAUCUUAACUUCGGCCAAAUACGGCGGACUCAACGUGCAUCCUUCUCUGCUCCCUGAUCUUCGUGGGCCUGCUCCCAUCCACCAUGCGAUUCUCAAAGGUUAUGACUACACGGGAAUCUCAUUACAAACACUAGACCACAGAAUCUUCGAUCAUGGAACUAUACUGUCUCAAACCUCCCGUCCCGGAAUAUCGAUACCUCCAGGCUGCACCGUCCAAGAACUGACAAGCCUCCUGGCACCAAUUGGAGCGCAGAUGUUAAUUCAAGGUCUACGAGAUGGAGUCUAUGUGCCGCCUCGCCAGAAUACAGGAUGGAGAGCAGAAGAGCUGAGCGAUGAGCAGCUCGUCCACGCGCCCAAGGUCACAAAGGCUGAUGGACAUAUAAAAUGGACUAAGUGGACAGGGGAUGACAUUGUGCGAAGGGUACGAGUUCUUGGGUCUGUAUGGACUCAUGCUGUCAACAAGAAGGGAGAUAAAAAGCGUUUAAUUUUCCAAGAUGCUGAGACCAUAUCCUCAAAGGAUAUCGGGAAUCAUGGAGCAAAAGUCCGCCUCCUUGAGGACACUGGGGUUGUCUUGGAGACUCUGGUUUGGGAUCAAGGCGAUGGCAGCUGUGCUAUACGCACUCUGGACGACAGUGUAAUUCGUGUGAAGAAGAUUAAGGAGGAAGGGAAGUCGCAGCGUGAUGCAAUGGCGGGACUGAGGGGUUACCUCGCUGAUGACUAA